UGGGGGGGAGCGGUAGAUGUCGACGGAAAUAUGUCCGCCGUGGUGUUGAUGCUGGGGGAAGAUUUACACACACAGGUCGACUGCACGGCCAAUCAGAAUACAGCCUUGUCCGAUGAGAUAUCCAUAUCCGUUAUAUCGUCGAGGGGUGACGCUUUCCACUCCCCGCCUCCAUCCUUCUAGAAUGCCACUCACGCCUCACCCAGCCCGGGGACGAGCCUGCCACCCUCGACGUCAUCCCAACUGACCGAACAAGACGCGUCUACCCCAUCCACCACACCAACAAUGCCGCCCACCUACCUCUCCACGCUCGCAGCCUUCACCUCCUUCCUCACCGCCUACACCCACACGCUCCUCUACCUACGCACCCUCUACCCGCGCACCUCCUUCGUCCACUCCCGCUUCCACAACACCUCCGUCUACCAAUCCCGGCACCCCCUAGUCUGCGAAUGGAUCCGCGACGCCCUCUCCGCCGUGCACGCCCAGCUGCUCACGGGCAGUCUAUCACGCAUCGGCAUCGUAAUCUUCGCCCAGCACAACGCCAACGACGACCAGACCGGCAGCGCAGCAAUCCUCGAGCGCUACAUGGUCGACGUAUCGCGCUUCCCUGUUGUGGAGAAGAGCGAAAGGGAGACGCGGAUUGAAUGGGCGUCGGACUCGCGCUCGCCGUCGCCUGAUGACAAUAUCCCCGCGCGUGACGACGACGAAGAUGUUGAUGCGAACCUCUCCGAGCAAUUCCGCGCCGCGCUCAUUGCGCUCACGACGCGCACCGCGCAACUUGCGCCCCUGCCUCCGUCGUGCUCGUUUAAUGUCGCGAUGGAGCUUAAGGAUGAGAUGGGCGUUGAUCCGCCGAUUGCGCAUCCCAUGCCGUGGGUCCCUGUGCAGCCUAGUUUGCAGAAGACGGGGCGGGGAGGGGUGGGGGAAACGAAGAAGCAGAAAACGGGGAAAAGAGGGGAGGAUGAUAUGGAAAGGGAGGAGGAUGAUGGAAAAGAGGGCGCAGAUCUCGGCGGAGUGCGCGUCACGCCCAUUCGCAGCGUGCAGGCGGGCGUAUUCCGGUUCGAGACGUGGGUUGAGGAGGGGAGGGCAAAGUUCGAUAUCAAGGGGAAAGCAUGAUAUCGAAGGAGAGGAAGAUGUAGAUACCGAACUACGCACGAGAGUUGUCUCUGAUGAAACACCCACUCCUGCACCACUUCACACAUCACAUCGCAUAACAAGACAAGAAACCUACGUAAAGAAAAUAUAACGUAACAUCUACAAAAGAAACCCCCUAUACCAACCCUCCUCCCCGCUCACCUUCCCCUCCCAACCCCAUCCAGAAUCCUCAUCCGCGCCGCAUUCACCAACUCCAGCACCCUAAGCUGGCCCUGCAUAUCCCGCAACCGCCGUUGCUGUGGAGUCGGGCCUCGUCGCUGCUGCGGCGCGCCAUCCCCCGCUGCCUGAUGCAACUGCAACUGCUGUUCCAGCCGUUGCACUUCCAGAUCCCGUUGUGCUUGUAUCAGUUGUUGUUGUUGUUGGACCUGUCUUUCCUGUGCGCGCAGGAUGCCUUGGGCUCGUUGGAUUCGUUGGUGGACGU